AUGAACGGCUGCAGCAAGAGAAAGUCGCACCGCCUGCUGAAUCCCUGCUUCGAGCUGCGGCAGUCCUUUCCCAAGAUCCAGCACUGGCAAGGCACAGAGAUUCUCCACCGCCUCAAGCAGAAGGAGAAAGACGCCGCCGUCAUUCAUCCAUGCAUCGACACUUGGGGGGUCUACGUACAGUGCCUCCGCCGCUACCCCGCGACCUCUGCCUCGCGCUGUCGAGUCGAGGGCGACAGACACACGCGCUGUUUGCAGCAGAAUGGCCGCUGGAAACCCUCGGACAGCCUCGAGGCGCAAAAACUCCUCGAAAUGUUCCAAGUCUUUAACGAGACUUCCCGAUUCAAGUAUCCGCCACGACCUGUACCCGAGCUCGUGCGAGGCUGCGCGUUCCCGUUUUCCAGUCCGCCGAAGAAGUAG